UACACUACAGAAACGCUGUGCCGCGCUCCCCGCCCCGCCGCGCUACCACCGCGGCGCCCGCGCCGCUCCCGCGCUCCCCGGGCCCACCGGGGCCCCGCGGCCGCGGGGCGAGCUCGGGAAAACGGCGAAAAAGAGAAAUUUUGGGCAAAAAGGAAACCCGUGCGAGCGCCGGCGCGGGACUCGAACCGGGGGCUCCGGGGGUGGCGGCGCUCAGAAAGGCCCCGCCCCGGCCACGCCCCCUCCACGCCCUCAGUCCUCCAAGACCAUCGAGAGGCGCGGGUAGAGAAACCCGGAAGAGGAAGCAGCGGUGGAACUGCCCCCCUGUUGCUUGGCAACGCGGAGCCUUUUCCGGUCACGUUCCGCAGAGGGGGCGGGGCUCGCACCGGAAGGCGGAAGUGCGGCGGCGUUUCCCGUCGGUGGCGGAGCCGCUGCCGGGCGAGCGCGGCCCGGGCGGGACCCGGCGGGACCGGGCGGGACCCGAGCGGCUCCUCCGGCACCGGGCGGGACCCCAGCGGCUCCUCCGGGGCCGUGAGCGCGCGGGGGGGACGCGGACGCGGGCGGCGGCGCGGCCCGGUGAGGCCCGGGAGGAGGAGGAGGAGGAGGAGGAGGAGGAGGAUGGCGGCGGCCCCAGCGGCGCUGGGCGGCCCCGCGGCCCGGCCCGACCCGGUGGAGACGCUGCAGGAGGAGGCGAUCUGCGCCAUCUGCCUGGAUUAUUUCGCCGACCCCGUGUCCAUCGGCUGCGGCCACAACUUCUGCCGCGGCUGCAUCUCCCGGCUGUGGGCCCGCGCGCGCCGAGCCCCGGCCCGAGCGCCGGGAGGAGGAGGAGGAGGAGCUGGAGGAAGACGAGCUGGACGUGAGCAGGAGGAGGAGGAGGAGGAGGAGGAGGAGGGCGGAGGGGGCGAGGAGGAAGACGAUGAUAUGUGGGAGGAGGAGGAGGAGGAGGAGGAGGAAGGCGAGCUGUGGGAGGACCCCGCGGAGGAGGAGGAGGAAGAGGAGGAGGAGGAGGAGGAGGAAGGAGCCUCGUGGGAGGGCGCGCAGGGCGGGCUCUACUUCGGCGACGACGACUACGACGAGGACGUGAUGGAGGAGGACGUGGAGGAGGAAGAAGAGGAUGAAGAAGAGGAGGAGGAGGAAGAGCGGGCGCUGUUCACCUGCCCGCAGUGCCGCAAAUCCUUCUCCCAGCGCAGCUUCCGACCCAACCUGCAGCUGGCCAACAUGGUGCACAUCAUCCGGCAGCUGCACCCGCGGCCGCCGCGCCCCGCCGCGCCCGGGGGCCCGCCCGAGCUCUGCGGGCAGCACCAGGAGCCGCUCAAGCUCUUCUGCGAGGUGGACGAGGCCGCGAUCUGCGUGGUUUGCAGAGAGGCCCGCGGGCACAAGCACCACAGCGUGGUGCCGCUCGACGAGGUGGUGCAGGACUGCAAGGUGGGGGGUUGA